AUGGAGGGAGCCAAGAGGAGCGCAGAGCAGUUGCGACAACAGAUUGCAAAGGCCGAAGAAGAGCUCAAACUCUUGAAAGCACAACUUGCUGAAGCUGAAGGUGUAGCAACAGACUUUCCGUCCUCUGCAUCCCAGAACUCGUGGAAGUGGCCCCUGAAGGCUGAAGAGUACCAGAGAUAUGGACGACAACUGAUCUUGCCGGCUGUCGGAGUUCAAGGUCAACUUCGUCUAAGAGCCUCCAAGGUGCUCAUCGUAGGUGCUGGCGGCCUCGGGUGUCCCGCGGCUGCGUACCUGGCUGGCGCCGGCGUAGGAACCCUCGGUGUUGUCGAUGGUGACACGGUUGAGCUGUCCAACUUGCACCGUCAGAUCGCGCAUGGCUCGUCCCGCGUGGGCAUGUCUAAGGUGGACAGUCUCAUCACAUACGCAAAGGAGUAA